CCGCGGGAGAGAGAGUACCGAGUCGCAACGGGGACUCAGGAGUCAGGAUAACUAUACGAGUUUCUUAUCGUUGCAGUGAUUAUCAAAGUGACAGAACUGUGACUCAUCUCUCAGAGUAGGAUGAGGAAUCUUACUCCUUUUCACUUUCUUAAAUCCACGCCUGUUUCGCUACCGCGCCCCUCCCACUCUCGACUAUUUCCCCCCGCAUAUUACUUGUCCCUCUCGACCCUCUCGACCCUCUCGACUCGCGCUCCCCUUCGCAACCACAGACGAGUUGACUCGAUCAAGCUACUCAGCACAACCACAAUGGCAGACCCUCGACCGGUAUUCUUCUUCGACAUUGACAAUUGUCUAUACUCGCGAAAAAGCAACAUUCACGAUGAGAUGCAAAAGCUGAUCCACGAAUUCUUCGUCCACCACCUCUCCCUCAACAGCGACGACGCCCACAUGCUCCACAUGAAAUAUUACAAGGAAUACGGUCUCGCCAUCGAAGGACUGACGCGCCACCACAAGAUCGACCCCCUCGAGUUCAAUCGCCAAGUCGACGACGCCCUGCCCCUCGACAAGAUCCUGAAGCCCGACCUCAAGCUGCGCAAGUUACUCGAGGAUAUCGACCGGAGCAAAGUGCGACUAUGGCUGUUGACAAACGCAUACGUAACCCACGGCAAACGGGUAGUGAAAUUGCUGCAGAUUGACGAUCUCUUCGAGGGAAUCACGUAUUGCGACUACUCGAACCCGCCGCUCGUCUGCAAGCCGUCGCAAGUCAUGUAUGACAAAGCGGAGAAGGAAGCUAAUGCGCUGAGCCCGGAGCAGUGCUACUUUGUUGAUGACUCUGGCUUAAAUUGCAAGCAUGCUGCGGCGCGCGGAUGGCAGGUUGCGCACCUUGUCGAGCCAGGUCUCCCAGCACCUGCUGUUCCAGCCUCACAAUUCCAAAUACAGGAUUUGGAAGAGCUGCGGACGUGCUUCCCUCACCUUUUCAAGAAAUGAUAAACCCCAAGAUUCAUGAAUAGACGCUAAAUAGAGGACAGAACGCGGUACAAUCCCUGAUGGCGUUAUGAAGAGACGGCCCCAUUCUUCUACAGCUUAUUUCACGUUGUUGAGAACUUUUCAGGAUACAUUCUUAUGAGUAUAAGAGUGAUAGAACAUGUUUAUACUGAUACUGACUAUUAUUAAAUAUAAGACUCACUCCGAAAGCCCAGCUCCCAGCGAGAGGUACUAAACAAAUAUGGAGAAAGUAAGAGCAAGACUAGACAAGCCAUCAUCAAAGAACCCAACAAGCGACCCCAGCAAGAACACCCAGAAGAACCAUACUCAACGACAUCGAAACCCCACUGCCCGAGGACGAGUGCUCAAACGCCGUCUCCUUCUCUGUGUGAUUCUUCCCUACCGCCGUCUCAUUCUUCCCCUUCCCACCGGCACUUGCACACAAAGCCGCAGGCCCCUUCCUCUCAUUAGAUCCACAAAUUCCAGACCCCGCCAUCCUCUUCGCCGGAAAGAAAACCAUCGGCUCCCCCUCAUCCAUCUCAACCGUAAUCCUCCCCUCCUUAUCCGCCGUCACCUUCUUGCAGCUCAGAACCUCCACGACCUCCGUCCCCGGCUUGAACGCCCCCGGGAUCGUAAGGUUAUACGGACCGCCGCCGGUGCCCUGGUUCGAGAAGACGGAGACGAUCUGUUUGCCCUCGGCGCCCUUGCGGGUUGCGUACGUGGAUCCGUCGAGGUAUAGCUCCUCGCUGUGCGUUGUAAUGUAGGUGGAGUCGAGGCGGAUAGCGUGAUUGCGGAGGCGGUUGAGCGUUGCGGUUGUGUUGUAGAGAGGGGAAGUCGUGGUGUAGUUAGUUGGCCAGAGGGGGGAGCGAUUGUACGGGGAUGAUGGGCCUCGGAGGUGUUGUUCUUGGCCUUGGUAGACUGAUGGA